GAAGUCGUAGGUGUUAGCUCGCUCUACUGUGUUGUUAUUUUGCGCUGGCUAUGGCAGCUUUGUUUUUACCUCUCCGCUUUAGGGCUCCUCGCGCGCGUCCUCCUAGGGCUUAGCUUCUCCCGCGGCGAUGGUGUGAAACGGUGCCGCAUUGGAGCUUCAGAGGCAAUGCGGGUGAAAUGCCGGGGGCGCCGUGAGAUUGGUACGUGUUUUCUCGAGCUCCACUGGAAGCAGGGAUUUCGAAGAGCGGAGCAGGGAUUUUGACGAGAUCGUCAGCUCCGGGGCGCUGGAAUCUGGCACCUUUACGGCAGAAAGCAAGGGAAGUGGGAGGAGGAGCUAAGAUGAUGGAGGGCGGGCAGAGAGGCGCCCUAGUGGUGUUUAGCAGCUCGCCAUCGCCGCUCCCAUCGCUGCAGCAGUGCUUGUCGCCGCUGCCACUCGACGCCAAGCUUGGAACUCCGGACGCCAGCGCCACGAACUUCCAGCCCUGUUCGGUGGCUCUCGCCCCGCCGCCGCUGCCAGCGCCGACUUUUCCAUUCGCUCUCGCGGAUUCCAAGUCCCUGGGAGCAGCGCCGCUCGCGAUGGACCCACCGCUGGUCGCGCUCAACGAUCCAGCGGUGGCGGGCGGCGUUGGGAAUGGCAGCGCCACAGUGACCGAGGCGGAAAUGGAAGUGGAGGAGGAUAAGAAGCAGCGGGACAGGGAGCACAAGAAAAGAUCGAAGAACUGGACGAGGCCCGAGACGCUCAAGCUCAUCCGGCUGAGGACGGAGCUGGAGCCUCGGUUUGCGAGGACGGGAAGGAAGACGGAGCUGUGGGACGAGAUCGCGGAGUCGCUCCAGAGGGAGCGAUUCUGCCGGGACGCGCAGCAGUGCCGGGACAAGUGGGAGAAGCUCACCGCCGGGUACAAGGAAGUCCGGGACGGUGUCAAGGAGAGGGAAGAUAAUCCUUUCUACGACGAGCUCUACCCGCUUCUCUCCGGGAAACUCAUCAAGAAGGCCGCCAGCACCACUGGCAAGGAAAAAGAGAUUUUUGGGAUGGACAGUGGUGGCGAGGCUCAGCUUCCCGAAGGUGGCGGUGGUGGUGGCGGCGGUGGUGUCUUGUUUAAAGAUGUGCUCGACUUUGAAUCGGGGUCGAGGGGCGGAGACAAGGGCACGACCAGGGACGAGGAGCAGGAGGACUUGGAAGGGAGGCCUCCGACUGCGAAGAAGCGGCGGAGGGUGCCAAACAAGUAUGUCGCGGUGACGGACCUGCUAGCGGUGCAAAGCCUGCUCGAGACGGUCCUGGCGAGGCAGCAGAGAUUCUUCCGGGACGUGCUCGAGGCGAUGGAGCGGAAGGAGCAGCAGCGCGAGCAGCUCCGGCUGGAGAAGGAGGAGAAGUGGCGGGCCGAGGAGAGAGCUCAGCGGCUCGUCUUUAACAACGCGAUGGUGGCGCUCACGCAGAAGCUCGUCGGGGAGAGGCUGGGUGUGCCGUCGGAGAGCCUGAUGGUGUUCCCGCAAAGCCCCGACGGUGGCGGAGCUCAUCAAGGCGGCGGCGGCGGCAGUGGCGGGGGCCCGAAGAAGCGGAGCAAGAACUGGAAGCGGACCGAGGUUCUCCAGCUGAUCAAGCUCCGGGGGGAGAUGGAGAACAAGUUCACCAAGAGCACCCGGAGAGCCGCGCUGUGGGACGAGGUGGCCGACUUGCUCAAGGCGCAGGGGAUCAAGCGGGACGGGAAGCAGUGCCGCGAGAAGUGGGACAAGCUCAUGGCCGAGUACAAGGACGUUGCCGACGGCAAGCGCGAGCGAGGAGAGAGCCACUACUUUGCGGAGCUGACGGCCAUCGUCACCAAGCCACCGGAAGACUUUGCUGGUGGGAAGAACGUAACGUGAGAGAGCUUCCACCGCCACCAAAGUUUUGUAAGUAUAGUAUACCAUCACUCUCCUCCAGCGACACACCGAGCUUGACGAAGGGAUUUCUUCACAGCAGCAGCUCCCGAGCUCGAGGAUGAUCAACACUGCCCAGGGACAGGCCGCCAUUCGGAUUGUACAGGGAAAGAGAAUGGCGGCCGCCGGCGAGAUAGCUUACUUGACAGGGGUGCGAGUAAACGUGACACAGCACCCUUUUGAUCGAUCGAGCUCUUCUGUGCUUCACUUGGAACUUUUGUUGCUUAUAUUUAUUUUUGAUGAAGCUUCACUUUUGAUGAGAGGCUGCAAGCAUCCAUCCGAUCAGUCAAUGGUGUGUAGGAAAUCCUGUUUGAUACUUUGUGGGAGAGCGUUUGUUUAGUACUCCGUUUCGAGCAAGCCGUCGAUCAAUCCAAAUUCCAUAGCCUGUA